CUCACAUGUGUCUGGAAAAAACCAAUAGGGCAAAAGUUGUCGGACCUUCUUUUUUCUUUUUCUUUCCUUGUUUUUUUUAAUUAUUAUUUUUAUAUGUAUUUUUUAAUUUAUAAAUUUUUUUUUUGGCCCCCCAAAUCCCAACAAAGCCAGGUGUAGGGUGCCUGUAAAAGCUGUGGAAUAAGCCGGAGCGGGACUGACACUUUCCCUACUUUUUGGUGGUUUCGGAGGGUCACACACGUGUGAGACAAUAAAGCACUUUGGCAGAAGAUUCCUCUCUUUUUAUUUUGAUUCUUUUGAUUCCUUUUCUUUUUUCCUUUUUUCCCCCCCCUUGGAAUAUUGUGAACAUAUUUGUGGCCAUUUAAGGUUUGUGUGAUUUUGCUAAAAUGCAUCACCAACAGCGAAUGGCUGCCUUAGGGACGGACAAAGAACUGAGUGAUUUACUGGAUUUCAGUGCGAUGUUUUCACCUCCCGUGAGCAGUGGGAAAAAUGGACCAACUUCCUUGGCAAGUGGACAUUUCACUGGCUCAAAUGUAGAAGACAGAACCAGCUCAGGGUCCUGGGGGAAUGCAGGCCAUCCGAGUCCAUCCCGGAACUAUGGAGAUGGGACUCACUACGAUCACAUGGCCAGCAGAGACCUCGGCUCCCACGACAAUCUCUCUCCUCCCUUUGUCAAUUCCAGGAUACAAAGUAAAACAGAACGAGGUUCCUACUCAUCAUACGGACGAGAUUCCAACUUACAGGGCUGCCACCAGCAAAGUCUCCUGGGAGGGGACAUGGACAUCGGCACCCCCGGAGCGCUGUCCCCGUCCAAGCCCGGCUCCCAGUACUACCAGUAUCCCAGCAAUAAUCCGCGCCGGAGGCCUCUGCACAGCUCCUCCAUGGAAGUUCAGACAAAGAAAGUUCGGAAAGUUCCUCCGGGUUUGCCGUCCUCAGUUUAUGCUCCCUCAGCCAGUACUGCCGACUACAACAGGGAUUCUCCGGGUUAUCCCUCCUCCAAACCAGCAGCCAGCACUUUUCCCAGCUCCUUCUUCAUGCAAGAUGGCCACCACAGCAGCGACCCCUGGAGCUCCUCCAGCGGGAUGAACCAGCCUGGCUACGGGGGAAUGCUGGGCAACUCUUCCCACAUUCCCCAAUCCAGCAGCUACUGCAGCCUCCACCCGCACGACCGCUUGAGCUACCCAUCCCACUCCUCAGCCGACAUCAACUCCAGUCUUCCUCCGAUGUCCACGUUCCACCGGAGCGGGACCAACCACUACAGCGCCUCGUCCUGCACCCCCCCGGCCAACGGCACCGACUCCAUCCUGGCCAACAGAGGAAGUGGGGCAGCGGGAAGUUCGCAGACUGGUGAUGCCCUGGGGAAAGCACUCGCCUCUAUCUAUUCUCCAGAUCACACCAACAACAGCUUUUCAUCAAAUCCUUCAACUCCUGUUGGUUCUCCCCCUUCUCUCUCAGCAGGAACAGCUGUUUGGUCUAGGAAUGGAGGUCAAGCGGCAUCAUCUCCCAAUUAUGAAGGUCCCUUACACUCCCUGCAGAGCCGGAUCGAGGACCGGCUGGAGCGGCUGGACGACGCCAUCCAUGUGCUGCGGAACCACGCGGUGGGAGCGGCGCCCAUGGCCGGGGCCCACGGGGACAUGCACGGGCUGCUGGGCGCCCACAACGGCGCCAUGGCCGGGCUGGGCGCCGGCUACGGCACCGGGCUGCUCUCGGCAAACCGCCACUCCAUCAUGGUGGGAGCGCACCGGGAGGACGGGGUGAGCCUCCGCGGGAGCCACUCGCUCGUGCCCAACCAGGUGCCCGUCCCGCAGCUUCCCGUCCAGUCGGCCACAUCCCCGGACCUGAACCCGCCCCAGGAUCCCUACAGGGGAAUCCCGACAGGACUGCAAGGCCAGAGCGUCUCGUCGGGCAGCUCCGAGAUCAAAUCCGACGACGAGGGCGACGAGAACCUCCAGGACACCAAGUCUUCGGAGGACAAGAAACUGGAGGAUGACAAGAAGGAUAUCAAAUCCAUUACUAGGUCAAGAUCUAGCAAUAACGACGACGAGGACCUGACCCCGGAGCAGAAGGCGGAGCGGGAGAAGGAGCGGCGCAUGGCCAACAACGCGCGGGAGCGGCUGCGCGUGCGCGACAUCAACGAGGCCUUCAAGGAGCUGGGCCGCAUGGUGCAGCUCCACCUCAAGAGUGACAAGCCCCAGACCAAGCUCCUCAUCCUCCACCAGGCCGUGGCCGUCAUCCUCAGCCUGGAGCAGCAGGUCCGAGAACGGAAUCUGAAUCCAAAGGCUGCGUGCCUGAAAAGAAGGGAAGAAGAGAAGGUCUCCUCGGAUCCGCCCCCGCUGUCCCUGGCAGGACCCCACCCUGGGAUGGGAGAUGCCUCCAAUCACAUGGGACAGAUGUAAAAAGGUCCAAGUCGCCGUGUUCCUGCCCGGAAAAGCGAGAGACCACUUCCUUAUCCGCUGUAUUCUCUUAAAUCCCACAGAAACACUUCUCCUUGCGAAACCCCUUUGUUUUGUAAGAUAAGACAAGUCUGAGCAGUUCUGAAUCCCAGACGCAAGAGAUUCCAGCAUUCCCGAGGGAAAAAAAACCACAAAAAACCCACGGAACCCAACGAGAAAAAAACGAAACAAAAAAGUGCAACUCUUGGAGGGAUGACUCUCUUUGAACAUAUCAAGCAGAAUGUCCAACUUGGAAUUCCGAGACUGAAUGGCAAUCUUUUUCCACACUGUGGGACAAUGCAUUUGUGCCUAAAAUUCCUUGGUUUUUUUUGGGUUUUUUGGGUUUGAGGUUUUUUUUUYSGKUUU